GAGAGGGUGAAGGAUGGACUCUCUGGACCACAUGCUGACAGACCCCCUGGAGCUGGGGCCGUGCGGGGAAGGGAAUGGCCCUCACGGCAUCAUGGAGGACUGCAUGUUGGGCACCACCAGGGUCAGCCUGCCCGAGGACCUGCUGGAGGACCCCGAGAUCUUCUUCGAAGUCGUCAGCUUGUCCACGUGGCAGGAGGUGCUGACGGACGCGCAGCAGGACCACCUGAAAAAAUUCCUGCCUCACUUCCCCGAAAACAACCGAGAGCAUCAGAACAAACUCAUCUCUGCCCUGUUCAGCGGCGAAAACUUCCGCUUCGGAAAUCCACUCCACAUCGCCCAGAAACUCUUCCGAGAUGGACACUUUAAUCCUGAGGUUGUCAAAUACAGGCAGCUGUGUUUUAAGUCCCAGUACAAGCGGUACCUGAGCUCUCAGCAGCAGUACUUCUACCGACUGCUCAAGCAGAUCCUUGCUUCCCGAAACCACUUGCUGGAUUUAGCUCGGAAGGGGGGCCCGGACAUGACCCUCAGGAGAAGGCACUUCCCACCCACGUAUGACACAGAAGAGCGAGACAGACGGACACAUCGGCGCUACUUGAAGAUUCUGAGGGAAGUGAAAGAGGAGUGUGGAGAUACCACCUUGUCUUCUGAUGAAGAAGAUCUAAGCUCCUGGCCUCCAAGUUCUCCAGCACGUUGUCCAAGCCCACCUGUUCCCCUGAGAGUAAUCCCCACGUUGUCAACCUCGGACAUGAAAACAGCAGACAAGAUAGAACUUGGGGAAAGUGAUUUGAAGAUGAUGUUGAGGAAGCACCAUGAGAAACGAAAACGUCAACCUGACCACCCUGAUUUAGUGACAACAGACGUGACUCUUGAGGACAUCAUGACUCGAGUAAAUGCUGGCAGGAAAGGUUCCUUAGCAGCCUUAUUCGACCUCGCAACCCUGAAGAAAAAGGUGAAGGAAAAGGAAGAUAAGAAGAAAAAAAAGCUGAAGAUGAUUAAAUCCGAGGUGGAGGACUUGGCUGACUCGCUGGGCAACGCAGAUGGAAUUCCACCCAUGUCUCAGGAUCCUUCCCCCAUCCCUCUGUCGUCUGUCAAAGAGGAACCUCUUGAAGACAUGAAGCCAUGCCUUGGAAUAAAUGAAAUAUCUUCCAGCUUCUUUUUCCUUCUUUUGGAGAUCCUCUUUCUGGAAGGACCUGCUACUCUCUCUGUGCUUGAAGAUAAAGUUUUAGAUUGGCAAUCUUCUCCUGCCAGUGCACUAAAUAACUGGUUUUCCUUUGCCCCUAACUGGUCUGAACUGGUUUUACCUGCCUUGCAGUACUUGACAGGUGACAGCAGAGAUGCUCCUUCCAGCUUCUCACCUUUUGUUGAAUUCAAAGAAAAAACUCAGCAGUGGAAACUGCUUGGUUCUUGCCAAGAUCAUGAGAAGGAAUUGGCAGCACUGUUCCAGCUCUGGUUGGAGACCAAAGACCAGUCUUUUUUCAAAGAAAAUGAAGACAGCUCAGAUGCCACACCAAUUCCCAGAGUAAGGACUGACUACGUAGUCCGGCCCAGCACCGGGGAGGAGAAACGUGUGUUUCAGGAGCAGGAGCGUUACCGUUACAGCCAGCCCCACAAAGCUUUCACUUUCCGUAUGCAUGGCUUCGAGUCGGUGGUUGGGCCUGUGAAGGGGGUGUUUGACAAGGAAACCUCCUUAAACAAAGCCCGAGAGCAUUCCCUCCUGCGCUCCGACAGACCAGCUUAUGUCACCAUCUUGUCCCUCGUUCGUGAUGCUGCUGCUCGCCUUCCUAACGGAGAAGGGACUCGUGCUGAAAUCUGUGAGCUGCUGAAAGACUCCCAGUUCCUGGCUCCCGAUGUCACAAGUGCUCAAGUGAAUACUGUUGUCAGUGGUGCUCUGGAUCGAUUGCAUUAUGAGAAGGAUCCCUGUGUGAAAUACGAUAUCGGACGCAAGUUGUGGAUCUACCUGCACCGGGACAGGAGUGAGGAAGAGUUUGAACGGAUCCACCAGGCUCAAGCUGCUGCAGCAAAGGCCAAGAAAGCUCUUCAGCAGAAGCCAAAACCUCCGGCUAAAAUGAAGUCUGGUAGCAAGGAGAGCUCUGUCAAAGCCCUCCCCAGCAGCACCUCAGAGCCCAGCCAGCUGAGCCUCAGUGACUCCAGCAUGCCACCAACUCCCGUGACUCCGGUGACACCGACCGCGCCGGCGUUACCAGCGACGCCGAUUUCGCCCCCGCCGGUCUCUGUGGUUAGCAAGAGCGUGUCUAGUGCUGGAUCAGAGCCAGCAAAACCCAGCCAAAGUGUUCUUCUGGUCUCCUCCCCUACCAUGCCACAGCUGGGGACCUUGCUUUCCACAGCCCAGAGUUCACAGGCACAGCCGGGGCCUCAGCCACCUCCUCCCCCCCGGGUGGUAAGUCAUACCACCUCCUCCGGCCUGCCCCAGGUCCGGGUGGUCACUGCCCAGUCCAGCCUCCCAGCGGUGUCCCAGCAAGCCCCAGUGGUCACCCAGCAACAGCAACCCACCUCAGUGCCUCAAAUCCGCGUUCCAGCUACAGCCACCCAAACCAAAGUGCUCCCUCAGGCUGUGAUGACUCUGCCAGUAAAAGCUCAAACCAGCCCAGUGCAGGUGCAAAGACCAGGAAGCUCCGUGACAGGACAGACAGGCAUCACUGUGACAGGACUCUCUGCAGCCCCCAGUCCUGCUGUGAAGCCAGUGACCAGCUCUCCUGGCAGUUCUGCCACCAGCACCUCCUCUACCACCGUCAUCCAGAACGUUGCUGGCCAGAACAUCAUCAAGCAGGUGGCUAUUACGGGGCAACUUGGCAUGAAGACCCAACCUGGAAGUGGCAUCCCCCUCACGGCGACCAACUUUCGCAUCCAAGGGAAGGACGUGCUGCGCCUGCCCCCAUCCUCUAUCACCACGGACGCCAAGGGCCAGACCGUGCUCCGGAUCACCCCGGACAUGAUGGCCACCUUGGCCAAAUCUCAAGUCACUACUGUCAAACUGACUCAGGACCUCUUCACGGCAGCUGCGGGGAGCAGUGGUGGUGGGAAAGGCAUCUCUGCCACUUUGCACGUGACGUCCAACCCGGUCCAGCAGGCUGAUUCUCCAGCCAAAACCAGCACGGCCACUUCAGCUUCUUCCAGCCCGGCUGGAGGCACGGUGGUUAAAGUGACUCCUGAUUUAAAGACUGCAGAGCCAACGAGCUCCGCUUUCCGCUUGAUGCCCGCCUUGGGCAUGACCGUGGCAGAUCAGAAGAGCAAAGCCAUAACCACGGUGGCCUCCACCGAGGCCAAACCGGCCGCUACGAUACGAAUCGUGCAAGGGCUGGGGGUGAUGCCACCCAAAGCCGGGCAGACUAUUACGGUAGCCACUCACUCUAAGCAAGCCUCCUCUUCCUCAGCCGUGAGCACGGUCCACACCUCAACUGUCUCCUUACCAACAGUGAGUGCCACGGUGUCCAAAGCGGUUGCCGUGGCCUCAGGAGCUGCUGGGACUCCCAUAACGAUAGGCACGGGAGCCACCGCUGUGCGGCAGGUCCCCGUCAGCACCACGGUGGUGUCCACCUCCCAGGCAGGCAAGCUGCCAGCACGGAUCACGGUGCCCCUGUCGGUGAUCAGCCAGCCCGUGAAAGGCAAGAGCGUGGUGACUGCCCCCAUCAUCAAGGGCAACCUUGGGGCCAACAUCAGUGGGUUGGGCAGAAAUAUCAUCCUGACCACGAUGCCAGCAGGGACAAAACUCAUCGCUGGGAACAAGCCAGUGAGUUUUCUGACUGCACAGCAACUGCAGCAGCUGCAGCAGCAAGGCCAGGCCACGCAGGUUCGAAUUCAAACUGUCCCAGCCUCCCACCUCCAGCAGGGCACGGUGUCUGGCUCCACUAAAGCGGUUUCCACUGUGGUUGUGACGACAGCUCCGUCUCCAAAGCAGACCCAAGAUCAGCUGUAAACACUGGUUUGGACACAGAUGGCUUUCCAAGAACUUCCCUCAGCCCGUGGUCGUCCUCCAUCCAAGCCCCCAAGACUCCCUAACCCCAGUCCU